AUGACGGCCAGGGUGCCCCCCCACGUCGGGGGCUGGCACGCACGCCUCGUGCUCUGGCUCGCGGCGCUGUGCGCUGCGCGGGGCAGCGACCACAUGGCGAGGGGGGGCGGCAGGAAGGCGUUCAUCGGCACCUACAACCCGCAGAACCUGGUCUCGCCCGCGAGGGUCGACGCGGUCUCGGCCGCGCUCAAGAGCAUAGGGAUCGUGGGCCUGCCAGGCACUUGCAUUCGGGCCUGGCACAACGAACCUCAUCAUCGUGCGGGGGCCCCUUGUCACCACGUGAUCCACUUCGGCUGGAUUCGCUCGGCCAUGGUGAACAAGGCAUGCGGGUGCACGGUCCUCCUGUCGAAGCGGUACUUUCACGCGACGAGCAUCAGGAGGAUCAUCCCGCCACCAGACGGCCUCAGAGGCAGAGGGGGCAUAGUCUAUGUGGAGUCGGGCCCGUUGCUCCUCUGGAAGAUCACGAGCUCGCGCCUCACCGCCUGGGCUCGAGACGAGCUCCUCCAGGUGCCCCACCGCUUCACACCAGUGAUUUUGACGGACCUCAACUCUGGGCUGCGCCGCCGAGGAGAUGACGACCACGCGGUGGGCCCCUACGGCAGCGAGCGCGAGUCCUACAGUGGCCAGAUGUUCCACGAGCUGCUCACACAGAUGAAGCUGACGGCAGUGAACACGCAUUGGGACUCGGGCCACACGUUCUUCGGCAUGGGCGGAUCGUCUUCGCAGAUUGACUUCGUGUGCCUCCCGCAGUCGGCGCUCAAACUAGUGAGGUGGACGUGUACGUGGAGGCGCACGGGCGAGUCCAUCAGGGCGAUGAACGCCAUCCUCGACCACGUCCUAGUCGUGGUGAAGUUCUUGGCAGUGGCGCCCGUGGACCCCCGCCCGCUCGCAGAACGCUGGGAUCGGCAAAGCCUGGCGGGGGCGGUCCUCACGGGCGCAGGACGCGAGGAGUUCUUGAUCGAGGCUCACAAUGCUCUACUCGAAGUGGAGAGGUCCCUCGACAUCCAGGAGUCCCGCCCGACCGCGAACGGCCACACCACCCUCGCGAUGGCUACGCUGCGGCAGGUUGCGUUGAAGCACUUCUCCCAGCAGCAGCGGCGCCCUGACUACGAGCACGAGCUGGAGGAGCGGAAGUGGGAGCACCUCAAGCGGAGGCGCGGCCUGCUGGAGCAGGCCAAGGCGGCGGACCUCGCGCAGGCGCGGCACGACCCGAGGCAGACCGAGAUGCGCAGCCUGGACGACGCCAUCCGCAGCUACACGCGCGCCCUGCACUCGCUCCGCAGGCGGCGCAACCGCGAGCGGCAGCUGCACCAGGAGACAGAGCUCAGACAGGCGUGGCGGGCCCGCGACACGCACGCGGCCCCGCGGCUGGCGAGGACGUUGGCGCGCACGGGCAUAGGGGUCAAGAACCGCAACUACCGUGCGCACGCGUCCUGCAACCCCACCGGCGACGAGUGGAUCGUGCACUUGGCCCAGCCUGCGCUGGCAGGAGGGCUCGCGGGCCGCCCUGUGUCUGUCCCCGUCUGCCACAACCUCACCGACGCUCAUAUCCAGGCGCUCAGGGAUACCGACGAGUACGCUCACCCAGACAACUACGAGGUGUCCCAGGCGACGCUGAAGAAGGCGCAGCAGGACUUCGGGAUGACCCUGAAGGCGUUGCGGCGCACGAAGAUUGGAAAGUUUGCCCCUUCGUGGUCCUGCCCGUCGGAGAUCUUCAAGAUGCUGGUCGCCCCAGCAUGGAUCAGUGCCCCCGCCAACUAUGCGAAGCAAACGGCGGGCUUGGGGCCCCGCCCAGCAGCCAUCUUCGAGGAGAACCCCCAGGGGCCCGACCCGCACGCGCGGAACCAGUUGCCCCACCUUGAGCAGUACGGCGAGCCCCGCCGUCGACAGGGCCACCAAGCUGGGCAAUCCAUGCUGCACAAGAGCUUCGAUGCGACCAAUGCCUUCGGUUGCGGCGACAAGGAUCAGAUCGAGCAUGGCGCCCGCCUCCGCUUGGAGACGGCUGCCGAGGAGGUCGAGGAGGAUGACGUGGACUACGUGGCGACGAUCUCCAGGCCCAGGCGCCAGUCGCUGACGGUGGUCAUCUCGGGUUCGGACCACGAGGUGGCGAUCGCCAGCGGUUCGGGGGGCUUCAUGGGCAACACCUCCGAGCCCGAACUCUUCAUGAGCAACUACCACAUUGCGGUCCAGGAGUGGGCCCUCGUGGACCAGGCGGCCACUGGCGAGGCGAUGAUGAUCAACUUCGAUGACCGCCUGCCCACGAUAGACGCGAGCCUGGGGCGCUUCAUGGACGACAUCUUCAAAACGCAGCUCGUCCCGCCCACCGCGCGCACGGCCCAGGAGGUAGUGCGGUGCUCUCAGCGGAACGACGCAGGUCUCGACGCUGCGCUGGCUGCGCGGCAGUACGGCCAGAACCGAGCGAAGCAGGACGUAGUUGUCUCGUUGGGUUCACGGCAGCUGGUCCGCCAGACCAUCCAGGCCCUGGCCAGGAGUGGGUGCCGCAGCGGCUACGAGUUCAAGCACCUGGGGGGCUGGUUCAACGCGGUGAACUCCAACGCGACGGAGCUGGCCAUGCGCCUAGCGGCGAUCAACAAGGGCUGGAUGAUGGUGCAGGGCUUUUGGUACUCCUCCGCCCCCAAGCGCGUCAAGCGCCUCAUGUUCAUCAGCCUGGUGUCGGGGGCGGCCUUGUCGGGCACCACGGCCUACUGCUGGACCGACUCGGAGGCUCGCCAAAUUUGCAGUUCUUUGCCACGCAAGUUGAGGUCGAUGAUGGGGGGAACGUCUCACAUGCAUAACGAUCACGUGAAGGUGAUGACUACUAGAGAAGUCUACAGGUUCUGGAGCCUCGUCCCGUUCAGCCUGGAGGCGCUGGUCCAGCGCCUCCGCAUGUGGCAGGCUAUUGCGCGCAGCCCUCGACAACAUAGCCACGUCCUGGGCGUCUUCUUCGGGGAAAUGAAGUGGGAGCUGACUAGUGAGUACAGAUGCCCACCGACGCUAGUGGAAUAUGGGCAGUUCAAUUCCGAUGCUGUUAUUCAUCCUUGGGCGCGUCAGUUGCGACGCGAUCUCGAGGCCCUCUGCGACCACCCAGAGGCGGAGUAUUUUUCGCUGGUCUGGGAGAGCCGCUCGAUGAGGGACCUGCUGUGGGACGAGGAGGUGAACGGCCUCUUUGUCUCCCUUGACGUAAGAUGUAUCAUGCACAACACGGCGUACCCCUACAAGUUCACAGAUACGAACGUGCGACUGCCCGCGUUGCAUCCGCUCCUGCUGGUGGUGCUGCAGCUCGUGAUGGAGGUCGAGAAGAAGGGCCGCUGGCGCCCGCAGGUGGCGGCCUCCUCGGCCAGCUCGCGGACUGGUGGAGCGCAGUCCAAGCCCGCCGACAGCGACAGCCGCAAGAGCCAGAAGGACAGCAAGGGCACCAGGCUGGCGCGGGGCGACGCGGGCUUGGAGGGCGCCGCAGCGAAGCCGAAGACACGUCGUGGCGGACGGCGCCGCGCGGAGGCCAAGGAGCGCAAGCUCACGACGAAGGACGCAGGCCACAAGGACCUCCUCCUGCACCUCUCCAUGCUGGCGUCGCAGCUGGCGCAGAGGUCUCGAGCGAUGUGGGGCAUCACCACGCGCACAGCGAUCCUGGAGGACAAGUCGCCAGUGAUCAAGGCGACGCAGCAGGAGGGCCAGGACUUCGCGCAGGUGGCGAACCAGAAGCGCGCGGAGGCCAGCAGACUGAAGGACCAGGCCAAGGCGGCGAAGGACACGGACGGAGCAGCGGCCCGCCAGUUCGACCAGGAGGCCGACAAGAUGAUGGAGGGACUCCGCGGCUUGGGCCCUCCAGCGCCCGCGGCCUUCUGCACCAUGAUCGAGGCGCUGGCGAACGAGGAGAUCGGCAAGAGGCUCAAAGACGUCCUGGUCGCACUCCUGGCCGAGAUGGAGGAGGCGCCACCCACCUACGUUCGCCUGUGCCGCCUGGAGAGCUGCAAGCAGCCCGACAUGCUGAAGGUGGUGUUCGCGCUGGACCGUGUGGACCUCGAGGCGCAGGUGAUGGAAGCGUUUCGCUCGAUGGGAGUAGUGACGACGGUGGGGGCGGCGCCGAGUGGGUACCUCGAGGACGAGAUCUCGGCCUGGAUCGACGUGCUGAAGGACGCCUGA